AUGACCCUGCGACGCCAUGCUGAGGCGGAGCUGGCGGAAAAUCGAGUCCCAUUGGAGGAUCUGGCGGAAGGCGAUAUGGUCGAUGGUAUCAUCGACCAUACCAAUCCGUAUGGGAUUUGGGUCAACGUGGGCGCGGAGGUCAUCGGCCGACUCAAUGUGUCCAGGAAGUUCACCCACCACCUCGUGCCCGGGCAAUGCAUCCGCGACAUCAUCAUCCAACGCGUCGAUUUGAAGGAGACGAAGCUGGGGCUCACCUUGGAAGAUCCCGAGGUGCUGCUCCGGGAAACCGUCAUGAUCAGCGACCUCCUGCGGCCGGGCGCGAAGAAGCAGCCCGACGCGCCCAGUGUGCAGCCGGAGUGGGCCGAGCAAGCCACAAGGAAGGCCGAGCGGCAGGACCGACACGGGCGGGCGGAGCACCGCCCGGGCCGCGGCGAUAUCGCCCGGAGCGAGCGGAAGGAGCUGGGCCGGUCGACAGAGGCGCCUCAGUUGCCAGCUCCGUCGCUGCCACCCUCAUGGCCGCGGCCCAAGCCACCCAGCGAGGUGGCGAGUGAGGUGCGCUCAACGUUGCAGGACUCUCUUGAGACAGGGAGCAAGUUGCGCGUGGGACAGUUUGUGGAUGGCCUAGUGGUGGAGGUGUCAGCCAAAGUGGUCAUGGUGGACAUUGGCCUGGGUCAUUUGGCUGCCCUCGCCGUGGCUCCCUCCAUCCGCAUGCAGAUCCAGCGCGGUGACGAGAUCCAAGGCAUGCGCGUGGAGCGUGUGGAUUGGGACGACGAGCGUCAAAAAGGCGCCGUGGUGCUCUCACUGGAAGACCCUGAGCUGGCGAACGGCGGUUCCCCGCACGGGCCCGAGGAGGAUUGGAGGCCUUGGAGUUGGAGCCGAUGGAAUUCCUGGGACCAUGCUUGGGAUCGGUGGCACGACUGGAACGAGGCUGAUCGGAGCUGGUGGCAGUGGCGAUGA